AUGCAGCUCAAGCACCCCUCACGAUGAGUUUCUUUAUCGACGCUCCCUGCUGGGGCUCCAGAGUGAUUACCGCCGCCAGCGUCGUCGCGGUCGUCAUUGUUUCCUUGCUUUUGUCAGGGCAGGCCUUCGUCAUUGCACCUGGUCUAGACCGCUCCACCGUUGUUUUAUUGUCGCACCAGGCAGGUUUGAAGUGGCUGUGAAUUCUCCGUGGUAGUAUACCUGGUGCAGAAGUGCCGGAUGAGUCCUUAUGAGUGAAUCAUGUGAACUGAUGGAAGUUUAUGAGAUUGAGAGAUGCAAGGUGUGGUGAUGUUCAUCCGUUUUGAACUGCUCAUGUGCCAAACUGCAGGAAGCUGUGGUUAUGGCUCGAUUGACGCUUAUGAGUUAGGUUUGAGAUCAUCUGUGUUUGUACAGGUGUGAUCAUUGUUAGUUAAGAAGGUCAGGUAGGAGUACUAGCUGAGUUCAUUUGAGAUUGACUCUCUUUUUCGAAUGUAAGGUAGGACGAUGAAUGUGUAUGGCUUUCAGGCAGUAGUUGCUGCAUUGAGUAUUAGAGUCCUUUUUUCCAGAUCUAAUGUGAACUCGACUACUAAAGAAUGCAGUAGAGUUUCUUAGUCCUUGGUUUGUGACGCUCGAAUCCUGCUCGGAUUUCUCUGAGUGUGGCUUGCAUAACCAUUUUAUUCUCCCGAUUUUGCAAGAUCCGUUUGCAUGAAGGCUGUGAUUACUGAAAGAUGAACCGAUGUCACAGCCGCUGCAUGAAGUUUCUUGUUCUGCAAGGUGCGCUGUGAUAGGAAAUUUGUUCAAAGGACUUCGAUCCUUUUGAGAUAAUGAUCCAGGCCAUGGAAGCGAAUUUCAGUUACGCCAGCAAUGGUGUUACUGAUGCUUGCAGAUAGAAUUGGUUUCGAGCAUUCAAAACAUUCUUUCCAACUCGAGUCAUGUUGGUGGAAAAUGAAUCCGACGGAUGUUCUGAAGAGAACUCUAACAAAAAGUGAAGGUUCUCGGAACAAGGUGUGCUACUUGCACAUAUAUCCUCAAAGAUGCUUCUGAAAGCAAAAAUGCUUCUUGCUAGGGCCGUGCUCUUUCUAUUCCUCGUUGCUGUGCGAGUCACCCGGUGCAAAGCAAUGACAUCGGAAGGCCAAGCGUUGCUGGAAUUCAAAAGAGGGUUAACUAAUACGGAAGUCGUGUUGGCAACACUUGGGGAUUGGAAUGAUCUGGACACGACGCCAUGUCUUUGGACUGGAAUUACUUGUAAUCCGCAAGGCUUUGUUCGCACCAUCAACUUAACGUCCUUGGGUCUUGAAGGCGAGAUAUCUCCAAGUUUGGGAAGUUUGAAAUCGCUGGAGGAGCUGGUAUUAUCGUUUAAUAGUUUCCAGGGGAGAAUUCCUCCGGAGCUCGGUAACUGCACUAGCCUUGUGUUAAUGUACCUCAAUCAGAACCGUCUUUCUGGAACCAUCCCAGCUGAACUCGGAAAUCUCACGAAGCUCGGUGAUGUUAUGUUCGCCUUCAACGAACUGGAAGGCGACAUUCCUAUUUCAUUUGCGGCCUGCCCAAGCCUGUUCUCAUUCGACGUUGGAAGUAAUCAUCUUUCCGGUCGCAUUCCAUCCGUGCUUUUUGAGAAUCCCAACCUUGUAGGCCUGUACGUCAAUGACAACAAUUUCACCGGAGACAUCACCACAGCAUUGGACGCGCUAUCGAAGCUGCCUGCUAUUACCGAUAUAUGGAUGCAAUUCAACUACUUCAGUGGCACGUUGCCCCCAUCCAUAGGUAACGCCACCUCGCUCAGAAGAAUUCUCCUCAACAAACAGGGUAACGGGAACUCCAGUUUCGGAGGAGUGAUUCCGAAGGAGGUUGGGAACCUUAGGAACCUUCAGGUAUUUGACAUCCGAGAUAAUAAUUUCACUGGCGGCAUUCCACCCGAGCUCGGACAUUUAAGUAGCUUACAAGUCAUGUAUCUUUCUACAAACAAGCUAACAGGAAACAUUCCCUCCGAAUUUGGUCAGCUUAGAAACAUGACGCUACUGCAUUUGUAUCAAAAUGAGCUUACAGGACCGAUUCCAGCAGAACUUGGAGAUUGCGAGUUACUAGAGGAAGUUAUUUUGUACGUGAACCGUUUAAAUGGCUCAAUUCCUUCCUCGCUUGGAAAGUUAUCUAAGCUUAAGAUAUUUGAAGUCUACAACAACUCGAUGUCUGGAAGCAUUCCCUCGCAAAUCUUCAACUGCACAUCUCUACAGAGCUUUUAUUUGGCACAAAAUUCGUUCUCCGGCAGCAUCCCACCACUUAUUGGGCGCCUGACUGGGUUGCUUAGCUUGAGGAUUAGCGAGAACAGAUUCUCAGGGAGCAUACCCGAGGAGAUCACCGAACUAAGAAGCUUGGCUGAGAUGGUUCUCAAUUCCAACAGGUUCACAGGGACAAUACCAGCAGGGUUGUCGAACAUGACAGCGUUACAGGAGAUUUUCCUCUUCGACAACCUCAUGUCGGGACCUCUGCCACCAGGAAUUGGCAUGUUUAUGGAUAAUCUCAGUGUCCUGGACAUCCGCAACAAUACAUUCAACGGUACGCUGCCAGAAGGUCUUUGUAAUUCAGGAAAACUAGAGUUCCUUGAUAUUCAGGACAAUAUGUUUGAAGGAGCCAUUCCAUCGUCUCUUGCAGCAUGUCGCAGCCUGAGGCGCUUCCGAGCAGGGUACAACCGAUUUACAAGCCUACCUGCUGGGUUUGGAAACAAUACCGUGCUGGAUAGGGUAGAGCUCACAUGCAACCAGCUUGAGGGACCGCUGCCGCUUGGGCUGGGGGUCAAUAGCAACCUCGGUUACCUGGCCCUUGGCAACAACAAGCUGUCGGGUAACCUUUCUCGCUUGAUGUUCUCCAACCUGCCUAACCUCGAGAGUCUUAAUUUGUCUUCUAACAAUUUAACAGGUGAAAUUCCAACAACGGUUUCGAGCUGCACGAAACUUUUUUCGUUAGACUUAAGCUUCAACCGUAUAAGCGGAAGCAUCCCGGCUUCACUAGGAAACCUUACGAAAUUGUUUGAGCUUAGGUUGAAAGGCAACAAGAUCAGUGGAAUGAAUCCUCGUAUUUUCCCGGAAUUUGUCAAACUGACCAGGCUUAGCCUCGCCCAAAAUUCCUUCAACGGAUCUAUACCACUUGAAAUCGGGACCGUAUCGACGCUCGCCUAUCUCAAUUUGAGCUACGGGGGUUUCUCGGGACGAAUUCCGGAAAGCAUAGGGAAGCUGAACCAGCUUGAGUCACUUGACCUCUCCAAUAAUAAUCUAACAGGCAGUAUUCCUUCAGCGCUUGGGGAUAGUCGCUCUCUUCUUACCGUGAACAUUUCGUACAACAAAUUGACAGGUUCGUUGCCUCCUUCAUGGGUGAAGUUUCUACGUGAGACACCAAGCGCUUUUGUGGGAAAUCCAGGUUUGUGCCUUCAAUAUUCCAAAGAAAAUAAAUGUGUGAGUUCCACCCCACUUAAAACGCGUAAUAAACAUGACGACCUCCAAGUGGGGCCAUUGACUGCAAUAAUCAUAGGGAGUGCUCUCUUUCUAUUCGUGGUCGGACUAGUAGGGUGGCGGUAUCUUCCAGGACGACGGCAUGUGCCACUAGUGUGGGAGGGAACCGUGGAAUUCACAAGCGCACCGGGGUGUACAAUCUCUUUCGAGGAAAUCAUGAAGGCAACGCAAAACUUGAGCGAUCACUGUAUUAUCGGUAAGGGCGGGCAUGGGACAGUAUACAAAGCGAUAUUAGCAUCUGGCAGCUCUAUUGUGGUGAAGAAGAUAGUCUCUCUUGAACGGAACAAACACAUUCACAAGAGCUUCUUGACGGAGAUCGAAACGAUUGGAAAUGCCAAGCACCGCAACCUCGUGAAGCUGCUAGGAUUCUGUAAGUGGGGCGAGGUGGGGCUCCUCCUGUAUGACUUCGUUCCAAAUGGCGACCUCCAUGAUGUGUUGCACAAUAAAGAAAGAGGAAUAAUGUUGGACUGGACGACGAGGUUGCGAAUUGCAGAAGGUGUAGCGCAUGGUUUGUCGUAUCUUCACCACGAUUAUGUGCCUCCUAUUGUACAUCGCGACAUCAAAGCCAGCAAUGUUUUGCUCGACGAGGAUUUGGAGCCGCAUAUUUCAGACUUCGGAGUUGCAAAAGUGAUGGCUAUGAAGCCUAAAGACAAAAACACAAUGUUAUCCACCGCAUUUGUAACGGGAACGUACGGCUACAUUGCUCCUGAAUAUGGAUUUGGCACAAUAGUGACACCAAAAGUGGAUGUCUACUCUUACGGAGUGCUGCUGUUAGAGCUUUUAACUGGGAAGCAACCAGUUGAUCCAAGUUUCGGAGAUCACAUGCACAUAGUUGUGUGGGCUCGGGCUAAAUUUCAUCAGAGUGGGUCACUGCCACAGAAAAAUGUUGGGAUUAAUGUUGGAGAAGCAAUUUUUGAUCCAAAGCUUCUCCGCACUACCAACAAGGACCAGAAAGAACAAAUGCUUCGUGUGCUCCGGAUUGCAAUGCGUUGCUCCAGAGAUACACCAACAGAACGACCUACAAUGAGGGAAAUCGUGGAAAUGCUGAGAUCAAGUCGAAUACAGACCGCAGUCACUUCACCUUACUGUUACAGUCACUUGUAGCAGAUGAACUGUGUCUUCAGUGUCUGGGGGACCAAGUCGGAGCCUUGUCAGGGCCCAUCUUUCGCAACAGCGAUGUUGCACUUCCCUUCACAAGCAACUUCUUCCCGAAAGUGUGGAACGCUAGCCCAAUUUGAUUCUAUGCACGGACAACCUCAAGGGGAGUAGAAGAGACGGGCACUCGGUAACAGCCAAUGAAAUAGGACCACAACUAUGGGAGUAUUUACUGGCGACUAUGAGCUUAUUGACUUCAUGAGAUUGUCCAGAUGCAACUGCAUAGUUGGUGACACCUUGAGGAAGAGAUGCGAUGACUACAGCGCCACCUAAGUGCCUUGUUGGAAGUUAACUAUGUUAAUUUAAGACUUGUCACUUCAGAGGUGCAGUGGUUCCGAGGGAAAUGACCUACAAACUGUGGAGCGAAGCGCAUCCAAACAACAAGCUCUGGUGGUGCAUUACUACAUAAAGGAAACCCUUGGCUACCGACCUUCGAAUUAAACUGCAGCUCUGUCGAAUUGAAACUCAAGUACGUUAAUGAAAUUGAAGUCACUACUUAACUUUCGCUUAGUCACUAGAAUUAUUACAAGGUGCAUUUAACGUGCACCAAUGCAGAUAGAGAUAGUUGACAAACAACGUGUAUUGAGUAGAUGACUCAGUGAUCUCCUUGCAAAAUGAAUGGAAGGCCACUUUCACAUUCCAAGUGCUGAAAAUAAGAGUGUUCAAAUAUACACAUUCACAAAGA